AUGAACCUCGUACAUUCAUGGGCCCAGUCCGAGGCCAGGGCCCACUGCAAUAUUGCUUUUGGAGAACUCGUCGCGAACUUUCCGGAGGAACAUAUCGCCAGUCAAAUCGAUACCCUCAUUCCCGUACUAACGAAUCUCUUGCAUGACGUGCCACGCGUGGACUUUGACCAAUGUCUCUCAUGGGAUGAGUGGGCCCUCCCUGACCAGCUGGUAUUCUCCACUGUUUCUGCCCUGUUACGUAUCUGCGGCGCACACCCAGAAUACGCAGACAAAGCCGUCGCCUCUAUCAUUAAUUUCGUCACUGACAUCGUGGAGAACCUCAAGGAAUCCAGCUCCAUAGAUGUGCUUUCACACCUUACUCCUUCUAUCCAUGGAUUGUACCGUGCUAUAACCUCCACUCUUUACCCUUGGACAGCCUCUCAAUGGCGCCUUCUUUCUGCCUCCCUCCAGUCCCUAAUCGCAACUCCCGUCCUUGAACGAAUAAACCGUCUCCUACUUGACAUACACCAAGAAGCCGAGGCCGAUCCCGACCUCGACCCUACCUCCAUCGCCUUCUGCCAUACCUUCAUCUCUCGAUACAUUGCGCUUGGACGCCCACUAAGCGGGUACUUCAUCGUGUGCUGUGUCAUGGAGAUGCAAUGGACUGUGCUCGCGCAAGCUCUUGCAAGCACUCCUUUGGUGCACAAGGGCCAAGUGCGCGAAGCCGCCGCGGCGAACAAAGCCUGGGUGAACCUAAUGAAAUGCCCUGCGAAGGAUUUGGGAUUAGAGGACGAAGAGGAGACGAAGCAAGCAUUGAGGUAUAUCGUUAGAGAUGCCCUGCAGUGCUUUAGUGAUCUGCUGGAGCAGAUUGAGGGUAUGGAAACUCAACCUCCAGUUGAUACGUAUGCAUGGGAGACCAUGUCCGAGAGUCUGGUAUGUUUUCCUCGUACUUCAAUCAGUGACAUCUGAC